UUUCAGUCUUUUGUUGUGUUCUAAAAGUUUUAAAAAUUUUAAAACAAAAUGAAUCCCUGAUAAAAUGGUUUCAAAAUGAAUCUCCCGUCAUUAUCGUUUUUGUUUUUUUCCCAUACUAAACCAAAAUUGUGGCAAAUAUGCAAGCCGAGCAGAAAGAUUUGAUAGUAAAACACUGGACCUCUUUAACUGAGCUUACCGAAGUGCAAUCUUUAGCAUAUCUUCUUGUAGACAAGAAGUUAUUCACUGGAAGAGAGGUAAACAAUAUCUUUUCCACCCCUGAUGAGCGCCAAAAUAAGGAGAGGUUCUUCAAUGAGUUGCAAGACAAAGAAGAAGCUGCUUUCGAUGUUUUGGUACAAUGGUUGAGAACAACUGGCCAUAAUAGGCUUGCACGUAAACUUGCAGCCGAACAACAUGGAAUUACUCCAUUCAAAGAACCAGACAACGAAGAGGACCAAAACGAAGAUGAUGAUGACGAUUUCACUUCUUCAAUCGAAGCAGAAUUGCCAUUUACUGUUAAUGAGAGUAGAGAUCCCUUGAAAAUCAACGUACAAUUAUCUAACGAGUUUCUUGAUACGCAACAACGCAAUCCACACGUACCAUUUUAUAGUAGCAGAUCUAAAAACAGGGGACGAGUUUUAAUUAUCAAUAAUUAUGAUUUUGCCAGUCUAAAUCAUAAAACUCGUACUGGAGCCAAAGUUGAUGAGGACAAUUUGAAGAAACUUUUCGAACAAAUGGGAGGAUGGGUCGUUAAAAUCAAGGCAAACAAAACAGUAGAUGAAAUAAAAGAGAUUCUCAAAUCUUUCACCAAAGCAAAAAGAGAAAAACGUUGCGAUACUUGUUUUGUUUUCAUUAUGAGUCACGGUUCAGAAAAAUUAAAUCAAACGAUCAUAUAUGGCACGGAUGGAAGAUAUUUAACCACUGAUGAAGUACAAAGCUACUUUGCCAAUGAAAAAUGUCCUUUGUUUCGUGGAAAACCAAAAGUGUUCAUCUAUCAAGUGUGCAGAGGAAAUGAAUUGGAUUUACCAAAAACUGUACAAAGUACUGAAUUUGACGGGAAACCACGAGGCAAACCAGUACUCUCGCCAGUAGUUCAUACUGAGGCCAACAAACCACAAACAAUGAGCAUGUUCAGGCCAGUAGAUGACAUGCUUAUAGGCUAUGCUACAAUGCAAGGUUCCAAAGCUCAUAGGGACCCUUUCCGAGGCACCUGGUACAUUGAAUUGAUUUGUAAAUACUUCAUGGAAUUAGCAAAAUAUGAAUCAGUUGAUCAUCUUUUGGUUAAAGUCGAUGAGGGUCUGAGAAAAAGACGGUCUGAAAUGGGGUCAGUCCAAACUGCUGAGCAUAUAUCCAAAGGUUUUUGGAAAUUGUACCUAAAUCCUGGAAUUUAUGAAGAGAAUGGUAGAUUGGAGAGGUAUGAAUCUAAUCGUAAUGACUUUUAAAUGUGAUAUUUUUUUUUAAUGGAUUUACAGCAAUUUAUAUUUUUGUUGUGAUGUUGGAAAUAUACAUCAGCACAAGAGGAGAAUUUAUUAAAAAAAAAAAUAUUAUCCAUGGCAAAAAAUAAUAAUACUUCUGUGUUGAUGUAUAUAAAUAUAUUUUUUAAAAGCAUCUCAUUUUUGGCAGGAUUUUGUCGUGUAGAAUAAUUUGAGUGUCCAAACUAUUUGUACAAACACUGCCUAAAAAGUUCCAAAAUGUACAUAAAAAUAGUAUUUUAUAAAAUAAUCAGCUUGAUAGGCAACAUUUUUUAGAUUUCAUGCAUUUUGUUUUAUUAAUAUUGGAAUUAUUUGGACGUUGUCUACAUAUUUCAUACAUCACAUGACAUUAAUAUAGUCAAACUCAGAUACAAUGAACCAUUAAGGGUGAACAGAAACAAAUCUUGAGGAAGAAAAUAGAAAUCGUCCAAUCCAAAAUUUUCCUGAGUAUGAGAAAUCGAAAAUUUUUGCCUGAUACAUUCCAUUUCAUUAUAAUCUAACAAAGUCUUCAUUAUAUUUGUUCCAUGCAGAACUACAGUUUUUGUUUCCAAAUAUGCAGUGUUGAUGGUUUAAUUUGAGUUUGACUGUAUAUGUAAGUGUAAAAAUUGUCUUCAAUUGUCUUAUUUCAAGUUCAUAUUUUCCUCCAAAUACAUACUGCAAGACAAAUAAUUUAGCUUCUCAUUUUUAGAACAAAAAUACAAGUCAGUAUUUUUGAUUCUUCAAAUAGGAGCUGAAAAUGUCCUUGUUAGCUACAGUGGGAAUUCAUAUCUUUGGCCUUGUACCAAAACAUUGAUAUUCUAAUUGUUGUUUAUUUACCUAAUUCAAUAAAGCAUUUAUCUUUUUAGGUCAAUUACUAUAUGUUUUUCUUUAAUAUUUGGCGUCAAAGUCAAGUUUUCUAAGUUUAGGCAAUCUCCCAUUCAAAAUGGCACUUUUUAUCUAUAGAUUGCGUUUGUAUAAUUUAUGUUGUCUAUCAAUCUGCAAACAAUGUUUUUAAAAAAAUCGUGUUUGUCUAUAUUACCUAUUAUACACUUAUAUACAAUUUUGUACUGUUCUUUUUUGACUAAUUUACCUGAUUACGCAUAAAAAGACGAUAUACCUACAAUAUUUUUUUACAUUAUCCAUAUUUUUCUCAAAGAAGUAAACAUUUAAUAUUAGCUUAUUACCUAUAAGACUUUUGUUUGCUCAAUUAUUACAUUCGUUACCAUAUAUUGACAGAAUAAUAUCUGUAUAUAAUGAUAAUGUUUAUUUUAUUAAGGCAACUUUUAUAGUUUUCAAGAAGUAUUCAUUGAAACUUUUCAGAUUGACUCCCUGUAUAAUUUCCAAUUAAUUACACAAUAACAACGAACAGAACUAUUCCCUACUUCUUUGAGAUACAUUCAUAUUAUGCUCAAUAUUGUGUCAUAUUUUUUUUUUAGUAUAAAAGCGUUAAAGUAAAUCCAUAUUUACCGGUAUGUAAUAGGGAUUACUCUACUUAUAAGGGAGGUGUUGGUAGUUUCUUCCAUUUUCUACUAAUUUUUAGUUUACUAACCUUAAACGCAUAUCAGUGAAAUGUGUUCAAGCAUUUUCUUUCUGAAUGAAAAGUAUUCCCUAGUACUUACCUUUUACAUUUUAAGUAAUAAAAUAUUGGCUUGUGAUUUUAUACGAGUCUCCAUUUUUAUAGGUACAUAUUUUUAUAGCAUUAUUUUAAUAAAUUUAGCUUGAUUAUUUUAUUGGAAACUUAUGGCUAUAAGCUAAAAAUCUAGCGUUUUAGAUUCCUUUGCUCUUUUAUUCUCAACUAAAACUAAAUAUAUUUAUUUAUUUUCAAAUAAAUCAUAUAUUACAUAAUUGCGUAAAGACUGGAAGUGCAAAAACUUCUUUUUUAAAUUAUAUUAUUUCAGUUUAAGUGCGAGUGUAGUGGAAAAAGGAAUCUAAAAUAAGUGCCCGAGGGUCAUUGAAACUCAAUUAGCACUUUAUUUUAUUAUAUUUAGUUAAUUCUUUUUUUUGUUAAUUUAGUUACAAAGCCUAUUUUUGUAUCUAUCUAUAUUAUAGUCAAUUAUAUAAUUUUAUAUUUAUCAAACCCAAAUUGUGUUUUUUUAAAUAAAGGGCUUUAUACAUACAUAUAA